GUUGCGUAAAAACGGGUUCAGGACCGCCAUUUCCUCAUCCCAUGAUUAGACCCCGAUUGUGUCCGUUAGGCUGCGGUAAUCUAUUGUGAUCGUGCUGGAAGCACAUUAUUUGUUUCAGAGUUCACAAUGAGUACUGGUAUACCGUACUUGGGCAGCAAAAUAAGCCUAAUAUCAAAGUCAGAGAUUCGGUAUGAAGGCAUUCUGUACACAAUUGAUACCAAAGAGUCAACCGUCGCUUUGGCUAAAGUGCGGUCCUUUGGCACAGAAGAUCGCCCCACUGAUCGCCCGGUGGCACCUAGAGAUGAAGUUUACGAGUACAUAAUCUUCAGGGCCCAUGACAUCAAAGAUCUCAGAGUUUCAGAGCCUCCUAAACCGCAGUCAACUCUGCCUGGAGGCUUGACAAAUGAUCCUGCCAUUGUUCAACAUUCAGCUACUCCUGUUGGCACUGGAGCCAGCUUUUCUGCACCGGCAUACAACCAAGCACCCACAUCAUAUGGCCCAGUGGGGACCCUACCAUCGUAUUCUAUGGCUUCUCAAUAUACUUCACAGCCGUCGCAGCAGCCACCAGCAAGUCUGGGUGGAUCCCAGCAAUCUGGGUCUCAGUCUGGCAGUACAACUCCUCUACAGCGAAAGAGCCCCACAAUGGAUGCUGGAGUUCAGGUUUCUGGUCCUCCCGGUGAAAAACGACAAUCUCCACGUGGGGGUUCUCAGCGAAGCCAUGGACAACAGGGUUCUGCAGGGCCAAGCAGGCAGCAUGGACAGCAGAUGCAGCACCAGCAAGCCUUGCCACCACAGUCUCGUCAAGGGGGCGUUCAGCAGCAGCGAGGCCGUAGGGGAGGAGUUGCUGGUGGUUCAUCUGGAGCAGCAGGUGCACGUCCUCGCCAGGGAGCAUUCCGCACUGCAAAGCCAAAGGAGCCAUUGAAGUUUGACCGUGAAUACGACUUUGAGCAAGCCAAUGCAGAGUUUCAGGAGCUUGAGAACAAGCUGGCACAGACAAAGAUCAGUGAUGAGAAGAAAGACGACUCUGGCACUGAAACUCAAGUGGGAGACAACCAUGAAGAUGAUGAUGUGGUAUAUUACGACAAGAACAAAUCCUUCUUUGACAACAUCAGUUGUGAGGCCAUUGAACGAAGCAAAGGGGUUCAGAGGAUAGACUGGCGGCAGGAACGCAAGCUGAACCAUGAAACAUUCGGCAUCUCUGCAAACAACUGGAUGAGGCGUAAUGCAUGGCGGGGUCGUGGGGGAGGUUUCUGGCGUGGAGGGCAGCGAGGUGGCCAGCGUGGAGGUCGAGGUGGAGGAAAUCGUGGGGGAGCCAGACCACGCAAUGGAGGCGUGCCACGGGAUGGUUGGUCGUCGGUUCCUCGGGCAGAUGCGAGCAGCGGUGCGGACACCACGUGGCCAUAAUCUGCACUGUUUUCCCAUUGCCUUGCACCGAGACUACUGUACAUACCCAGCCACAGGGGCUGGAAGCAGAGCAUCACUUGAGACAUGGGAUACAGGGGCACUUUCAGCAAGGGCAUCAGGCCAUUUAAAUGAGCAAAGGAUUGCUCCAUUACCUUUUAGUGCACCAUGGGAUUUGUGCAGGGUACCUGAAUUUUUUUUGGUAGUAAGAGUACCUCCUGCUUUACUAUGUGCACUUUUUUUUUCUUUGUUGAAACAAAAUUUAUGCCGAGACCUACUCAAGUCAGUCUUAAAUUGCCUUUCUGUUCAUAUGUGGAGCCUAGCAUAGCCCAUGCAUUACUUUGUAAUAUUAAAAACAUUCUCCUGUGUCUCUGCAAGCCACGCACAGCUGGAUCUUAUUUAUUUUGUACUGUUCAAGGGACUCCCGUCAAGGAAAGUGCUGCCUUGACUUCAUGGCCAUAUCGCGCAAGUUUUUCAUGUAGCCCCCCUGUCUUGCCGGCUGCCCCUUAAUUAAAUCGGAGGGGGUGAUAUGGUCCAGAAAAAUAAAAUGUUCUUCGUAUA